GAUGGUGACACCAAGGUGGAGUACCGUGCCUGGAACCCCUUCCGCUCCAAGCUGGCAGCCGCCAUCUUGGGUGGCAUUGACCAGAUCCAUAUCCGGCCCGGGGCCAAGGUCCUGUACCUGGGCGCCGCCUCGGGGACAACGGUGUCCCACGUCUCCGACAUCGUGGGGCCGGAGGGCCUGGUUUACGCCGUGGAAUUCUCCCACCGCUCGGGCCGUGAUCUCAUCAACGUCGCCAAGAAACGCACCAACGUCAUCCCCGUCAUCGAGGAUGCCCGGCACCCCCACAAGUACCGGAUGCUGAUUGGCAUGGUGGACGUGGUCUUCGCGGACGUGGCGCAGCCGGACCAGACGCGCAUCGUGGCGCUGAACGCCCACAGCUUCCUGCGCACUGGCGGCCAUUUCCUCAUCUCCAUCAAGGUAACCACCAUGCACCUCAAGCGCCACUUCAUGUUCCGCAACCACCUCUGCCUGGCCUUCGAGCUCCUCUCCUACAACCUCUACGACCUCCUGCGCAACACCAACUUCCGCGGCGUCUCCCUCAACCUCACCCGCAAGUUCGCCCAGCAGCUCUGCGCCGCCCUCCUCUUCCUCGCCACCCCCGAGCUCAGCAUCAUCCACUGCGACCUCAAACCCGAAAACAUCCUCCUCUGCAACCCCAAAC